CAGCAAAGACGGGAGGAAGUAUCGAUGUGUGGCACUUUGUCUUUUGCUGCAGUAGCUGAGGUGUACGCCGUGGCUCAACCGCAAACUCCGUUACUGUCAACUUCAGAUUGAACAUCGACUUGCGCAGGACAAGAAUACGACCAAAAGCGGGUAAAUCCCGUCAUCGAAUACCUCGUGAUACCAUACCGGUUCCGUCUCUAACCAGCAGACCCCGUACUACCUCUGAUCCCGUCACUUUCUAGGCUCUCGAAUCGCUGUGAGCCGCCUGCUCGAACAAACCCUGGAAAACAUAACAGAGCGCAUCACCACUCAAGUACUCUGAUUUCCUCGCAACGCAGGUGUGAGUCUUCCAAGCUGGCUCAAUCAAGGUGCGUUGGCGCAGAUGACAAUCCCAUCCCCCAGGGGAAAAGAGGUAUUCUUGCCGAGCAUGUGCGUCCAGUUCCAGGCCUAAGAACCCCCCGGCCAGCCCACAUCGCCCUUCGCGCCGCUACCGCUACAAGUUCAGACGAGCGCCCCACAGCUAAAACAUCCACAAUUCGCAACUUUACAGAGAUCUCGCCGGUCGUUCGUCUCCAAGUCAAAAUUUGUCUCCCAGUCCGACAACCCCGACUGCCGCAGCCGUAGCAGGUACGGGGGACGCCAAGAGGGCAAAAUCGACAUUUGCUGUCCGUUUGUCGAAAAGACAGAAUGCGCAAGCACCGGAAAAACAGCCUCGAGACGACUUUCACACCACCCAACAUUCAUUCCCCGAUUAUGGAUCCAAGGAGUCCCUAGAUGGAGCAGUCAAAAUGGCGAACAUAUUCAACAGAGUGAAAAGUCUGGUCAACCCUUGGAAAGCUAUCGAUACCCUCGACUCACCAUCGCAAGCUACAGGCCCGCCUCUCAAGAAACAAAAGACUGGGUCCGAAGAUGGCCGCUCAGUUACGGCUGCAAACGAAUACUCGAAGAGCCACUUCGCCCUUUUCCCGGAAUCUAUCGAAGAUGCUGGAUCAGAUCAUGCUGCGCGGACGGACCGUACGGGAAGUCAUGGUAGCCUGACGGGUGUCAUCGAAUUUCAAAAUGUUCAGGGUCUGGGAUUGAGGGACGGCAAACCCCGUUCUGACAGGCGUCGUCGCUCCCGCGCGGGAAGCCAAUCCCCUCGGUCAGCUCAAAGAUACGGGCGAAGUAUUGAGCCCGGAAGAGACGACAUCGACAAUUCGGACCGGGACGAACUUGCGGAGAAGAGCCCGUAUGUCUCGAGCGGCCAUAUUCUCCGACGAGUCAACUCAGCAACGAACAUCGUGGAUGCAGCUGAUGCUGCAAUUCUAGGCAGCCCUCGGAAACGAUCAAUAGAGCUCCUGAGACCAGUCAAGCGUCCGCUACAUCAUGUUGAUGGCGAAGAGGAUGAGCUGGCCCUUGAAUCGCCCACCAAUCCCCGCGCCCUUAGGCGAGCCGCUUCAAGCUCGACCACCAAGGGGAGCACUCAAGCGACAAAACGAAACAACUCUCAUGACCCUGUUCCAAAAGAGCAGUUUCUCCAGCGCCUAUACAGUGCCCUCUGUCUGCCAAAUCACAGAUAUAUACAAAAAGGACCCCAGGGAUGGUGCUUUCUUGGCGAGUUUACCAAUGACGCCAAGCAGUCACAGUUGUGUGCUUGUUCGGGAGAAGGGGAUUUAUUGCCUGAGUUGGACUGGCUCAAAAUCACCAAGAGUGUUAACACAAUCCAUCACAAUGCCGAGUCCUCUUAUGUCAAGAUUCGCCAGUCAAAAAUAGGCAACGUGGGCGGUCAAAUGGUGCUCCAAUUCUUUAACACAAAGGAAGCCCAAGAGUUCGUGCAAUGGGUGAAGGAAAACUUGAGCGCGAACGUCGUAGAAAUGAACAGUGCGACACUUCAAAAAACGUACGAAAAUCUCAUGACCGAGCUCAAGAAGGCCACAUCGGGAAGCCCGUCACCGCUUGCAAAUUCAAGAGUCACGCGGACCACAUCAGCUCUCGAUGUGGAAGGAUCGAGGAAUAUGGCCUUUGAACCGGCUGGCCUUAUAGCGCAGGCAACCGCAGGGUCUCCUACAGCAUCAACACGCCGCCGACCCCGUCUUGUGGACACAUUGCUGUCUUCACAGCAAGCCCUCAGCAAUCAGUACGAACACCGGUCAUUCGAGGUUGAAGCUCCGGUUCAGCGGUCAUCAAGAAGACGAAAUGAUGACACGGUCAUGGUAGAUGCCCCACCGAUCUCGUCUGCUCCGGUGAGCCGGUGGACAGAAGACCAUUCUGAAUGGUCGAAGAAUUGGCGGAUGCCCUUAGUCUAUCACCGGACAUCGGUAGACAAAGAUGACAUUCCACGACUGGAUGAAGGCCAGUGUUUGAAUGACAACUUGCUAGGGUUUGGUUUACGCUAUUUGUUUGAAGAAUACCCAGGGAGGCAUGACGAACUGAAGAAAAGGGUAUACGUGCACAACACCUUCUUUUACGAGAAGCUCAAACCUGCCAAGUCCAAGGAUAUCAACUACGAUGGCGUCAAAGGAUGGACAUCGAAGGUGGACCUACUUUCUUACGACUACAUUAUUGUCCCGGUCAACGAGUACUAUCACUGGUGGGUGGCAAUCAUCUGUAACCCUGGCAAAUUGGAUCCAAACCACCCACGGCGUUCUACGAACUCAAGCACUAGUGGCACAGAGACCAGCGAUAGCAACUCCACUGAGAGCAAAUCGAAUGGCAACAUCGAGAAGUCAGACGAUGUUGAAAUGAUAGACAUCGAUUGUGAACAGGCUAGAGACCAGGGGCAGGAGAUCAAAGCUCAAGAAGCUUGCGGGUCAGUUGACCGAAUCGAAACCGACAGCAACGAGGCGGACAGCGCGGGACAAGAUGUGGUGGACUUGGUAGCCGACGACACAGACCAUGACCUCAGGGAAAGGCUUAAAGGGAUAACCAAGCUCCCGAAAAAGGACCCUUCGGAAGAAACGAAGAUCCUUACCCUGGACUCCAUGGGGAACAGCCAUUAUCCAGCGGUGCAAGCGCUCAAGAAGUAUCUUAUGGCAGAAUUCGAGGAUAAAAAGCAAACGAAGAUUAAGGAUCUUCCAAAACAAAUUGGAAUCAAGGCGACCAACAUCCCGGAGCAAAACAACUUCUCGGAUUGUGGUGUUUAUCUGCUUGGGUACAUUCAAGAGUUCGUCAAAGACCCAGACCGGUUCGCUCACUGCCUGAUGCAGAGAGAAAAACCUGGAUGGGAGUUUAACCCUUCCGAACUUCGGGAGUAUUGGCGGAACACCAUUUUCGAAAAGCAAAAGGAACAUCAGGCGAAGCAUGAUGAGGAGAAGAAGAGAAAGAAGGAGGAAGCUGCUAGACGCAAGGCUGCUAGCUCAACUCCGUCCGACGCAGUGAUGAGUGCUACAGAGAGCCAGACUUCGGGACGCACUGGUUUGUCCCAUGAUCCGGCAACCGACAACGUUUCUUCCGCGCCCCAAUUUGUUAGACCGCCAGUUGUUUCCCGGAACACCAACCCGAACAUACCAGCUCCUGCUCCAAAGCCGACAACUGCUCUCAGGUCACCGUUAUCGUACGGGGCCUCUUCAGCGACCGGAACAGUGACUAACACUGCUGCUGUGGCUGCCGAGAGAGGUGGUGGCUCAAAGAGGAAUAUGCCAGAUCCGCUCGAACCUAUCCCACGGCCGCCUACUCGGCCCCAGCAAGCCGCCGACAACGUUGUUGUUGAUCUGGAACGGGACGAAUCCGAACCAAAGGACAAGGUCUCUCACCUUUCGCCAGACAGUCCUUUGCCUGGCGAGAUCCGUCGGUCUAAAAACAAAGACUACGAGCACUCUCCCAAACAGCAUGCCUCUUCGCGGACUCCUAGGCAGAGCCCCGAGGUCAAAUUCAUACCAAAGCUGCCCGACUCUUCUCCGGCCUCUGACAGGCGGACUUCGGGUAUUGCUCAGGAGAUAAGCCCGCAGACGUUCUACUCCAACGCCCCGCAGAGACCAGAGUCGCCAAAGCUACUGUCGCUAAAAUCACAGUCGCCAAGGCCGCAAUCACCUUUGGUCGAACGGAAGCGAAGAUCGUCACCAGCACGCAAGGCAAAGGCAUCACCACCCGCACGUAAGACGGCGCCUUCACCUGAGCUUGUAGCGCAACCCCUCGAAUCGAUCGAGAUCUUCGAUCCCCCGACUCCUGAAGCUCAAAGACCGUCGACGACUAGCAGCAAAGUCAAAGCCGAGCAGAAGGACAACAAUCACGUCAACCACGGAAACAAAACUACCUACAAAAAAAGCGAUAAACAUACCCGCCAGAAGUCCAGAAUACCUAGGAGAGUUGUGGACGAUACUGAUAGAAGCGGAAUUGGUAGCGGGAAGAGUCGCCGUGUAGAACAACAACAGCAACAUCAUCAGCGACAGCCACGUCCCAGCAAGCCCAAGGAAACGGCCGAGACCAAGUCCGAGGAGAUCCCCGAUUCACCCCCUCCGGCGAUGGUCGUGUCUGACAUCCCUGCGGUGCAAAGCGCGGAGAUGACGCCUAUUGACUUGACUGAUGAGAACUGAGUGAAGACCAGGAGUAUGUGGAUUGGUUAGAGCGUUGAAUUGGUUCAUUGUUGUAUGUUUAUUGUUGGUGUAAGCAUAUUCAUUCAUGCAUCUGCCCAUUUGCAUUGCAUGGUCUUGAGGCCUCGAUGGCUGGUAUAGCAUGGCUGCGUUGUCUUUUUUGAAGCUCGUUGCUUGAUUGUUUUGGAGUUGAAACUCUCGAACUCCCCAAGUCUUGUACAUCUUAUCAUGCAGGCGGAAUAUUUGGCGGUAUUGACGUCCAGCUAGGCCUCGAGGAGUACCUUUGAGUCGGGUGGCCAUCUCAGUCUCGAGCUAGAUGAUGGAGCCUCAACCUUGUGCUGGAGGAAGAAGUAGCGCAGCGUGAUCUAACAAACUACCAAUCCUCUGUUGAUAUUUUUUUCCACGGAGAGCACAUUACAAGAAGUUUAC